CCCCGGAAGCCGUUCUGGGGCGGCGGUGGGCCGGCCUCUUACCGAGCCUCCCGGGGAGGAGGAGCAGGAGGAGGCUCCCGUCCCCAGGAGAGCGCGGGGCCGGGCCGCCCGGGCCCGUUACGCUUCGGUCGGGCUUCGCCCCGACGCCUCGCGGGCCGAGGGCCCCGCCGUCAGGACCCGGUGACCGUGCCCUGCUGUGAGCGGGGUGUCUGCGGCCCGCUUCGCCCUUGGGGGCCCGUGUCUUGAGCUGCCCGGGAAGCGGGAGGAGGGCAGCGCCGGCCGAGGCCUUCUGAGGGCCUUUCCCAGGGGGUGGAGGGGGGACGGCACCCUGUCCCUGUCGCGUCCUUGCGUGUGAAGGACAACCUGUCAAACCUGUUUGAGUCGCAGCCCUUCCCCGGUUACUGUCAGGAUGGUGGGAAGGGCCUGCCUUCCCGGCCUGGGUUUCCGAAGGGUCCGACCCCCGCGCCCCCACCCCCGGCCCCACCGUGGAAUGUGGUUGUUAGGGGUCGAGUCCCUUCCGUAAUUCAAAGUGGGCGGACACGUGCUUGCCAGGUAAUUGCUCAGGGGCCUGCUUGAAAAACCAGUGACGAAUCGUAGCUAGUGUGUCUGUCUCAGCCUGGCGAGAAGUUUGUAAAUGCCGAGCAUUUUAAAUUUCCGCAGAAACCUUUCCACUAUGAAAUUGUGCCUUCUUGAUUAAAAAAAAAAAAAAAAAAAAAAAAAAAAGCCACAGAUUCUGAAUGAGUGGAGUUCACGUAAACCUGCAGACUCGGACCCUUAAAUAUUUAAAAAUGGGACCUUAAAUAUUUAAAAAUGCAAGAUACUCCUUUUUUUUUGUGCUGUUUGGGUUAGGUCAGUCAUUAUUAACGAUUUUUUAUUAGGUAUCUGCAGUGUGUAAGGUACUUUGCUAAGUCCUGAGGGUGUAGGAUGACGGGCUGUUUUCACUUGUCACAGUAAUUUCUCCUCCUCUCACCCUGCAGUGAUGGUCCUUGUCCUCCAGCACAGGGAUGGAGGAACUAUCGGCCCAGGAAACAGCAGGAUCUCCAAGGGUCCCGUUUCAGCCUUUGGAGGCCUACGCUGAGGGUCUGUCCCCAACACCUCAGUUCGUGCAGGACACCGACAUGGAGCAGGGGCUCACUGGGGCUCCACCUGUUCCCCAGGUGCCUGCUCUUCCCCACGAGGGAAGCCCAGGAGACCAGGCAGCUGCGCUCUUGACAGCCAUGUACCAGGAGUUUGUGACAUUCGAGGAUGUGGCUGUGCACCUUACUCGAGAGGAAUGGGGAUGCCUGGACCCCGUUCAGAGGGAUCUCUACCGAGAAGUGAUGUUAGAGAAUUAUGGGAACCUGGUCUCACUGGGAUUUCCACUUGCCAAGCCUGAUGGGAUCUCCCAGCUGGAGCAAGAUCUACAGGUCUUUGAUCUGGAAACUGAGCAUAGAGACGUCUUAAGAGAUGACUGCUCAGAUGGAGAGACCAGAGAAGAGAGCGAGCGGUUGGUUCCUAAGCAGAAAAUGCCAGAAGAAGUACACUCCUACAGAGUGAGAGUAGGAAGACUCAAAAAGGAUAUCGCCCAAGUUCCGGAGGCUAGAGAUGUGUAUAAGCCUGAGGACAGACUAGAAAGGCUUCAGGAAAUCCUAAGGAAAUUUCUCUUCCUGGAGAGAGAGUUUAGGCAAAUAACCAUCAGUAAGAAAACCUUCACCAGCGAGAAGAACAGUGACUGUCAUGAGCCCGAAAAGAGCUUCCGUGUGGACUCUGCUCUGGACGCAGAUCAGCGAGGGCUCAGAAUACAGAGUGUGCACGACACGGACACGUGUGACCCGAGCCUCCCCCGGAACUCAGCCGGUCCACGCGAGCAGGUACAUCUGGCGCGGGAUGUCCAGGGCGGUGAGUAUGAGGAAAGCUUACUGGGACUCUCUCACCUGGGUAAGUGCGAGAGCCUUCCGCCCCCGGAGAAGUCCUAUAAAUGUGAUGCGUGCGAGAAAACCUUCCAUCAGAGCUCAGCCCUCUCGAGACAUCAGAGGAUCCACACUAGAGAGAAACCUUACAAGUGUAGAGAAUGCGAAAAGUCCUUCAGUCAGAGCUCAAGCCUUAGUCGACAUAAAAGGAUACACAGCAGAGAAAAGCCUUAUACGUGUGACGCCUCCGAUAAGUCCUGCGACACGUCUGAGACGUCGUGCAGUCAGAGCUCGGACUUGAUGCAGCACAAGCGGGGCCACGCUCGAGCCAAGUCUUACAAAUGCGGCGGCUGCGAACGAGUCUUCAGCCGCAGUGUGCACCUCGCGCAGCACCAGCGAGUUCACCGAGGGGUGCCCUGUGCGUGCGCCGUGUGUGGCGGCGACUUCUGUCAUACCUCAUACCUGGCCGAGCACCAGAAGGUCCACUGUGAAGAGAACGCCUACGCCUACCGGGAAUGCGGCUUGAGCUUCAUCAAGCCGCAGGGACUUGACCCCAGGGAGAAGCCGCAUGCGUGCAAUGACUGCGGGGAAGACUUCAGGUUGCACUCCCACCUCCUUCAGCAUCCAAGGCUUCACGCCGGCGAGAAGCCGCACGAAUGUGACGCGUGUGGAAAAGCCUUCCGUCAAACCGCCCGCCUUACUCAGCCUCACGCCGUCCACAGGAAGGAGCCGUCCCACGAGGGUGAUGAUUUGGGGGACCGUUUCAGGCCCGGCUCCGAUCUUGUCCUGCAGCAGGAAGUCCUCGCCAGAGACGACGCCUUCGACGGUGACGCAUGGGACGGUGACCUCAGUCAGAGGACACCCCUUGGGCACCGCCAAGGGAUCUAUGCCAAAGAGAAACCCUACGAGCGCAGCGAACGUGGGGAGCUGUUCGGUCAAGUGCAGGCCUCAUUCAACAUCUGAGAGUUCCUGCCGGGGAGAAGUCACACGGGUGCCGGCUGGCCCUUCAUUCAGCACCGGGGCGAACCCCUCUGAAUGUGGCACGGGAGGCAAGCUGCCAGUCGGUGUUAAGCUCUUGGCACCUGCAGACCCGUACCAAUGAGAACACCUCCAAACAUAUCGAAUGUGGUAGAUGCUUCUUGCUGUUUCCAUAACGCAGUUGCCGUUGGAGAAGUCAUACUUGAAUAAAAGUCCAUCGCUGUAAUGAAUGUGAAAAAGCCUUCAGUCAGAGAAACUGCCUUGCUGAGCAUCGAGUUCAUUUCAUGCAGGACGCCUGCGACCAUGGCACCUGCGUGCGUGUGGGAAGGGGCAGCCAUAGCCCAGCCCUCACUCAACGGCAGAGCGUCUGUACCCGAGAGACGUCGUUUGGGGAGAGUAAAGGUGACCCGCCUUUCGAGAGCAGUCCCAGUCUUUUCAUCAGCGGAAUGCCCACGCCAGACCAGCGUCCGAUACCAUGCCCGUGGAAACGUCUAGCACCGUGUUUCAGCCUUUGUUCGCUGUUAGAAUAUUGGGGGAAAAUGACUAUUCGUGUGUGAAAUGGUUGCUCCGUAGUCCCAGUCUUUUUCGUUGCGGAAGCAGCGUAUCUGAGGAGUGACUGGGUGCUGGCAGUUUUCUCAUGGCAGAGGCUUUGGUUUCAUAGGUGUUAUAAAUAGGUAUGUGUACUUUAUUUGUGGAACUCGUUUAAAGCUGUUUUUAUUUCAAUGUGGCCUAUAAACAUUUUCAUUUUCCCCGAAAUUGGUUCGUAUUGUUCACAGCUUCUCUAAGAUAAGGUACAUUAUUAAUACACCGAUGUUAAAACAUACCAACCUUUGGGAAGUUUCUCAUUUAGCUUUUUCUGCUGUUCUCAGCCAAAGUUCUCCCCAAAACAGACUCUUAGGCCUGCUCUUUUCUUAGGACCCUGUUCCUUUCCAGUCCCAGCACUUGGGUUCCUCUUGCUUUCUCCCUUCUCUUGAGCACUUUCAGUGAUGGUUCCCUAGUUCUAAGCUUUGCCCUGGCAGGUACGCCAUCCCUACCUACUGUUUUAAUGUCUUCUUGCCGAAUGCAAAGCAUUUUCCCUUAAAGGAACUGGAUUUGCACAUAUCGUCCAACCAUGAACGUGAAGGAUUCUGUUUCCCCUGAGUUUGUGGCAGGCAACUAAACAUUUUCGAGUGACGCCCAAGUUCUUAGCUCUAUUAGCCGUCACCGCCCUCUAAAAGAAAUGAAAAAGACACGAGGAAGCCAGCAAGACUGGUGGUGGCUUAGCUAUAUUCAGUGCCUAGACUGUAUGCCUAAGUUCAGGAUUAUUUUAUAUGUGUCCGUUGACGGCCAACAGAAUGCUCAGGUCUGCUUUUGAUAGAGCAGGACACGACGAACACAUCCUGAGAGAUCGGAGAGCUUGGUGAAGGAGGGCCGCCUUCCAUCACAGGUUCUGCUGUUCUUGUGUGAUCUCUCUAGAGAGUGUUCCAAAGAUGGCAGAUACGCCUGGAAAAGGAGCCUGUUACACUUGCUUCACUCUCCCUUGGAUUCCGACACUCAGUUUCCCCUUAUCAGUCCGGGACAAUAUUUGAAGUAUGGGGGCUUUGUGUAUAAUUGUUUAUAUAUGUCACCGUAUUUUUUGUAUUUUACGCGCGUCUACAGGCCGCAUAAAAGAACAUGACGUCUUUGAAUGAUGCAGUGAUCACAGAUGUUGGCUCCAGAGUUCAGGGUCACGGUCGUAACUCCUAGCAAGAGUUCAUGGUUCUUUAGAUGACGGCAAGGCCUUGUAUUCUAUUUUCCCAUCUUAAGCGUCAUAACAUUUUGUGAAUAAGACAAGUGUUACUUAAAAUUCUAGUUGUCGUUCCAGCAAUUGAGGCUUUCAUAGUUCAUGUUUGAAAUAUUCACCAGGGAGCCUCAACAAAUAUAUAAAGAUUCAUUGCUUACUCCGUAAGCCUCUUCUGGCUAUAACCUCUAGGAUACUUCUACCACUGUAUUUUACCUCUUAGCCAUCAGCAGCAUAGGAUCUCAUCAGGGCAAGGUAGGGACCUAAAUGAAUCGAUCUAAAUGUAAAAGCCAGUGAAAAAUGCAUGUUUUUUUUUUUUUUUUUCCUGUCUAUGAACAUGUAUACCUUUAUGAAUAGAGAUCAGUAGUCACCUCUGGCGGUUAUAAGACAGAGGAUUAAGUAGCAGAAAAUGUAAAAAUCACAUGUAUGCAUUUGGUUUAGGAAUGUGCUUUUGUACUUCCACUUGAAUAAAGGUGUGUUUGAUACUCUGAGAA